UUUAGAAACAUACUGCCAGCCAAGAUGGCGGAGAACUGGGAUGAAUCAACAGCAGCAGCUGCCCCUGAAAUUCCCGAAGUGAAAUUGUUCGGCAAGUGGUCCUCAGAUGAUGUUCAAGUUAGCGACAUCAGUUUGACUGAUUAUAUUGCUGUGAAAGAGAAGUAUGCCAAAUAUUUGGCUCACUCCGCCGGCAGAUACCAGGUGAAGAGAUUUCGCAAGGCACAAUGCCCCAUUGUGGAGAGACUUGUGUGUUCCCUCAUGAUGCAUGGUCGUAACAACGGCAAGAAGCUCUUGGCCAUGAGGAUUGUGAAGCACGCCUUUGACAUCAUCCAUCUGCUAACAGGGGAGAACCCCCUGCAGGUGUUGGUGAAUGCCAUCAUCAACAGCGGACCCAGGGAAGACUCGACACGUAUUGGACGUGCUGGUACCGUGAGGAGACAGGCCGUUGAUGUGUCCCCACUUCGACGUGUCAACCAGGCCAUCUGGCUGCUCUGUACCGGAUCCCGUGAUGCUGCCUUCAGGAACAUCAAGACCAUCGCCGAGUGUCUGGCCGAUGAGCUCAUCAACGCCGCAAAGGGUUCCUCCAACUCCCAUGCUAUCAAGAAGAAGGAUGAGCUGGAACGUGUGGCCAAGUCCAACCGUUAAACACUGUCAAAUAUGCCUGUAUGCUUCUGGGGAAAUUAAAAAAAGUACAUGUAAA